AUGAGUAGCAGGCUUUGGGAAUAUUUCAUUCAAAAUGACGUGGAGAGCUUUGAACGGUACCUUGCAAAUGUCGCGACAUUUGCGGGACCGCGGGCCUCUGGCGCACCGGGCGCAGCGGCCAUGGCCGCUGCCAUGAGCCUGUCAUCGAGAACUGGAAGCCCCGGCGGCGUGGCUCCGUCAUCCCCAAACUCGUCAAAGCAAAGAAAGACAUCAACCUCAUCACCAGGCACCUCCCUUCCAGAACGGUUUGGAACCCCGCGGGGUAAUCCGGCCUUGUCACGCGCGGACCUGAAUGCUCGUGAUCACUUCGGUCGAACGCUCUUGCAUCACAUCGCAUCCUCUCCAAAAUCAACUGCAAUCCGAUAUGCACGCGCCUUACUCGAGAUCCCCUUCCUGGACAUUUACGCACAGGAUUGGGAGAGCGGCUGGACAGCCUUGCAUAGAGCUCUCUACGCGGGAAAUGCAACGAUCGCGCUGGCGCUCCUGACGCGAGAUACGCGGGAUAUGACAGACUAUAGCAAGCCGGGUCACACGGCCCAAACGGGGAAUUUGAUCAAGAUCAAGGAUCGUGAGGGAUACAGUCCGUUCGAUAUAUAUGGGUCAACGAUCACUUCGCGAAAUCUGAAGCCAGCGACCCCGUCACCGGAAUUGAUGCGAGCUGUGGGGCCAAAUGUCGAAGCAAAUAGUGCUGCGUUCGAGCAGGAUUCCGACUCCGAUUCUGAUUUUCAUGAUUCCGACUACGAGUAUUUCGACAACGAGCCAGUAGUUAAGGAAGUUGCAGUUGUGGUUCGAGGCGCUUUGAAGUCCCGCAAGGAUUUCGCUGCAGACGAAAUAUUCACCUUGGGUAGCAAUAAAAAUCUGAACCUGGGCCUGGGAGACCAGGACGAUCGACAGUUUCCCGAACGAAUUGUGCUCAAGCGUCCCGAGCACUUACUGAGCCGAUUCUAUCAAGAGCAUCUGGAGCAAAUGGAAAAGCUUGGCCUGGAUGAUCUCAUCGUCGACAAGGAAACGAAGGAUCUGCCGACCGUCAUCAAGAACAAGCCAAUGAAGCUGAAAAACAUUGCCAUGUCAAAGCUGCACACAGCUGUCCUGACGGACGAUCCUGAAGCCAAUCUGUUCAUGUGUGGCUUUGGCCCGGGAGGCCGACUAGGAACCGGCGACGAGGCGACUCGGUUCAGCUUUGUAUGUAUCGAAACGGGCGGACUGGCUGGUAAAAAGGUCGUAUCCGUUGCGCUCGGACAAGAUCAUAGUCUGGCAAUCACCCAGCAAGGUGAAAUCCUCAGCUGGGGCAGCAACAAGUUUGGCCAGCUUGGUUAUGGUCUACCCAGGACAAGCAACAAGAACGAUGUUCCCAUUCAAAGUACACCUCGACAGAUUUUCAACCCCUUCAAGAAGGAGGUUAUUUUGGGAGCAGCUGCGUCUGCCAUCCACUCCGUUGUCUUUAGCAGCGGAGGUCUUUAUACCUUUGGCAAGAAUGAAGGGCAACUGGGACUCGUGGAUUCAGAUGCUCGGUCUCUCGAAGUACAGACAACUCCACGGCGAGUGGGUGCAUCGCUAUUCAGGGGUGCUAUUGCGAUGGUGUCCGCCAUUGAUCGAGCCACCGCCGUGCUUCUACAGAAUCAUGAAGUGUGGGUCUUCUCGCAAUACGGCUACUCCAAGAUUUCAUUCCCUCUCGAAGCAAGCUCGAGGUUCAUCCGGGACAGCUUCAUGGCUACGCGCUAUGGCGGUGGUGUCAAUCACGUUGUGAAGUUGACAUCCGGUGGUAACACCAUAUGCGCUCUGUCAAGUUCGGGCGACGUUUUCACCGUACAUGUCAACAAGUCCGACGAUCCCUCUAUACCAACUUCCACAACCAACCCAACCAAGAUCCGCAACUCGCUCGCGGCACCCGAACGAGCCUGGUCCGUGAAGAAGUCGCACAUGGCAGCCACCGAUGUCGACGUGGGCCAAGAUGGCUCGAUCAUUAUUUGCACUGCUUCGGGCUCAGCUUUCAGGAAAGAAAAACGCAACAAGACCAAGGAUGGCGCUUCGAAGGAUUUUAAGUUCGCUCGUAUUCCCGGCCUUUCAAGCGUGGUCGCCGUCCGAAGCAACGCUUUCGGGGCCUAUGCGGUCGCGCAGAGGGACUGCGACGUGACUCGAGAGCAAAUCCAUGUUUCCGAGAGCGCUCUGUGGGAGGAUCUCUUGCCUCUAUCGCCAUUCAUCCAUCCCGCUCAGCAGGACGUGAUAUCAACCCUGCUUCAAGAUCUGGAGGGUGAGUCUGGCUCACUUACUGCUGCCAUGGCGAUGAAGAGAGCGAUCCUCAUGUCGCCGGGGAUUGAGGAUCAAUUCCUGGCUGUCCGUUCCAAAGGAACUGUUUGGAUGACUAGCACGGUCUCUGAUGUGCGGAUACCCGUUCAUGAGUUUCUGCUUGCCGGGCGCAGUCCCGUGCUUCGGAAAGCUCUACGAGAGUUCCGAGAGUCGUAUUACGCUUCUGUGCCCAACGUGUUCGAUAUCGAGUAUGGAAAGGAUGGCGCGACUCAAGUACGGCUUAUGGGCGCCGAUCCUCUUACUGUGAUGAAUAUCGUGUUCUUCCUGUACACUGACAGCAUCCUCGACGUCUGGCACAAGGCUAAGAGCUCUCCUCAGAGUGCAGCCCGCUACCGUCAAGUGCGCAUUGAAGUCAUGAAGGCUGCCACGCACCUUGCAUUACCUAGCUUAGAGCGUGCCGCGAGGUUGGUGGUUGAACCCGAGAAGACUCUCAAGACUGACAUGGCCCACGCAAUCAAGCACGCAUCGUUCUUCGAUGAUGCGGAUGUCGUUGUAGACUUGGCACAAGGGGACACUGUCCACGUGCACAGCCAAGUUGUGUGUCAACGUUCUCCAUUUUUUGACACUUUGUUCAACGGCCGCUCGGGCGGUGCGUGGUUAGCGCCACGGAGAAGCGGGUCUUCGGACAAGGUAAAUGUGGACUUGAAACACAUUCCCCUAUCAACGUUUGACUUUGUUCUGCGUUAUCUCUAUGCAGAUUUAGAGGAGCAGCUAUUUGACGAAGUACGGACCAAGAAUCUGGACGAGUUCAUUGACAUCAUUUUGGACGUCAUGUACGUGGCGGACGAGUUGAUGAUUGAUAGACUGUCGCAGAUUUGCCAAAAAAUGCUUGGUCGUUUUGUACAUGUGCGGAACAUCUCCUACUUCCUCAAUUCUGUCGCAACGGUCUUCGUCUCCGAGUUCAAAGAAGCUUCGUUGGAGUACAUGUGUCUCAAUCUCGAGGCCAUGUUGGCUAAUCGAUAUCUGGAAGAUCUGGACGAUGAUCUUUUGAGGAGGCUUGACCACGUUUGCAAAGAGAACCAAUUGGCGUGCUUCCCUGUCUCCCGCGGACGCAAUUCGGAGGAGUUCGUCUUUGAGAAAUACCCCGAGCUCGUGGCCUCGGUCGAAGUGGACAAACAGCGACGGAUCGAUGCGAUGGCCUUGCAAUCUCGGCUGAGGGAAUUCGAAUUAUAUGACCCUCGGCCCCGUGCAUCCGUCGCUGAAAAGCUUACCGCGUCACCACUUACACGGAAGGGCAAAGCAACAGUCUCACGAGAUACAGAGAGCUCCGUGAAUAGCCCGAUGCUAAAGCCGAGACAGUCUACCAACGAUCUCAUGUUCCAGAUGGACGAUGAAAUGGUGUUGUCUCCUCGAGAUGCCGGCAAAGGGAAGGCUGUGCUGCGUAGUCUUGGCACCGAGGACAGAUCCUAUCCAGAUUCUCCCGCCUUAGGAGCGAGUGUUCCAGACGGUGGCUCUUUGGGCGACGGCACGUACUUUGACGAACGUAUGUCUUCUCCCCACGAGGCGCUUCUUUCGGAAUCUCCUUCGGAGGUAAGAGCCAUUGCCAUGCAAAGGAAACGAAGUGUAGUUUCGCCUGAAUCCGGCGGGGCUCCUUGGGGCUCUAUUGUCACUCUGAACGCCAAGAAAGAUCUGAAAGGCAUCAUGGGUGAAACCUCGCAGACACGGGUAUCCAACCUUACCCUGGGCAUGGAGAGUCGACGCGAGAGCAGCGGAAAUUUCAACGCCAAGCUGUCACAAAAGGAGCGAAAGAAAAUUCAACAACAGCAAUUGCAAGAAAAGUUGGCUGCGGCGCAGCAAAAGACUCAGGAUUCGCCAAAGAAUCCAUGGCAAUCGGUAUCACAAGCUGCUUCCAGAUCACCCAGCAAAGAUCCUCUGCCGGGCCAAAAAGCACCUAAUAAACCCACCACCGAUCCCUUUAAAUCUAGCCAGAAGCCUGCUAUGACUUUGCGACAAACCAUCGCAGGGACAGCUUCACCCCCUGCUAGACCAAUCGCGACACCUGCCAGGCCUUCUGAUCGCAGCGUCCCUGACACUUCAGCGUCACGUUCUUUCUCAAAACCCUCACCUUCAGUUCCUCCAGUAUCCUCACCACCCUGUUAUCAACAACCCAAAGCUUCGCCUCAACCAGCCAUUCAAUCUAUCCGCCACAUCCCACGUCAAGACCCUAACAGGCCAUCUUCCUCCGGGAGAUCCCUGUCCCUCGCAGCAAUCCUGCUCCAGCAACAAUCUGAAAAGGACGAGAUCCGCGAAGCCGCAACCGCCAAGCACAAUCUGCAAGAGAUCCAAGCUGAACAAGAGUUCCAGCAAUGGUGGGACCAAGAGAGUAAACGUGUCCAAGGACUUCUUGACCCAGAACCCAACGGUCAACCUGACGGCAAAGCCGGUGCUAGUGGUGCCUGUGGUCGUGAUGGCAAGGCCUCUGGCCCAAGUGGCAAUUCGCGAAAGCGCCGGGCCAACAAAAGUGGUACUGGUGCCCCUGGGAGUGCUCCUGGUGCUACCGGCGCUGCUGGCGGUAGCAGUGCCAGUCUUCCUCGCGAGAAUGGCAAUGCACCACCUUCCCAAGCACCUGCCACUCCAAGGAAACACGCCAACGGUCCUCGCCCUUCACCACAUGGACAGACACCUGUCCCCGUACGCGGGAACACCCCUUUAGGCCCGAGUGGUGGCAGGAAUGCUCGACGCGGCGGAGGACAUCGUGGCGGAGGUGGUGCCGGCGGAGGACAUCGCGGCCGAGGCAAAGAACGAGUUCAGACCUGA